UCGCCCCUCUGCGCUGCAGCUGUCAUUGACGGCCGGAGGUCAGGGGAGUAAACAGGAGUUGCGUUUAAAUCGACGCAGAGCCUACGCACGUAGGGUACGCGGAGACGCGCAAGGUACGCCGUAAGGCUUUGCGUCGGUGUAACGUGGGACCAUGAAUCAGCCGUGAAGCGGGGCACGCCUGCUGCCGGGCGGGCUGAGCUAUGUGGCAGAGGAGGAGGAGUGUCGGGGGCACAACAACCUGAUUGUUCCUGUCUGUUUCUGCUGCUCCUGCAGCCCUGCAGCUCAAUGCCAAGUCCGUGUUUUAUUAUUUUGGCAAGGUAGCUCCAGCUUUUCCUCGUUCAUUUGUCUCCUUGACUAAUCUGCGAUUGUGACACUGAAUGUACAGAUGAUUUUUCCUCGACGGCGGUGCUUCUGGUUCUGUAGUCCAGAACAGUGGCACUACUGAUUUCUGACUACAGCCGAGUGGCUGCAAUCCAGCCAGAGGAAGGACAGGGGAGGAGUUUGGAAAGGAGAGUUCCCUCAGCUUGACUGAUGCUCUCAAAGGUGCAGAGCAUCCUUUCUGUCUCUUACCCUUCAUCAAACCCCUCACCCUGAUAAAGACGAAAGCAGAGGUUUGGAUGCAGGUCAUAUGCUGCGUCAUGUGCCUUGGCCUGGCAGGGGCACUUGCUGUGCUGCAGAAAGACCAGGUGUCCCAGCGUGCCAUCAAGCUCUAUCGGCAAAAAACCACAUCACAUGGACAAAGUUGGGUGGCUAAAAACUGCAAGCGUCUGGUGGGUCUCCUGCACCAGAAGAAUGUGGUUGUCAAGAAGCUGGAAGCUGCUGCCGCCGCUGUUGGACGAGACCAGAGCCUUUCAGAACCAGAGAAACUUUUCCAGGUUCACACUCUGGAGGUUUUCCAGAAGGAGCUGAAUGAAAGCGAGCACCUGGUGUUCCAGGCAGUGCACAUUCUGCAAAGGGCACUGCAGGGAGACUACAGGGAUGUGGUCAACAUGAGGGAAAGCAGCAAACAAAGGCUGGAGGCUCUCAGGGAUGCAGUCAUAAAGGAAGAACAAGAAUAUGUGGAGCUGAUGGCUGCAGAGAAGCACCAGCAGGAAGCUGCCAAGAGCCUGUUGUCCCAGAACAAGACUCUGUCUAUGCUGGAUGAGAUUCUGGAGGACGUCAGGAAGGCAGCAGACAGACUAGAGGAGGAAAUUGAGGAACAUGCUUUUGACAACAACAAACAGAUGAAAGGAGUGAACGUAGAGGCAGUGCUGAGAGUAGAAGAUGAAGAAAACGGAGGGAAGAUGAAGAACAAGUCCAAGCAGAAAGAGGUGGAGGACAACUUUGGACUGAGUAUGCUCAUCGACUCUCAGAAUAACCAGUAUGUUCUGACCAAACCCAGAGACUCCACAAUGCCAAGAGCAGACCAUCACUUCAUCAAGGACCUGGUGUCUGUGGUGAUGUUGUCUCUGCCUUGUGGCUGGUUUUGCUCUCUGCUGGGUCUUCCUCCCAUGUUUGGAUAUAUCAUCUGUGGGGUCCUGCUUGGGCCUUCUGGUCUCAACAGCAUCAAGUCUAUGGUUCAGGUCGAGACUCUGGGGGAGUUGGGCGUCUUCUUCACUCUCUUCGUGGUGGGAUUGGAGUUCUCACCCGAGCGCCUUAGAAAGGUGUGGAAGACCUCCCUCCAGGGCUCGUGCUACCUGAGUCUGCUGAUGGUCGGGGCUGGAUUGUUGUGGGGACAGUUUCUUCAUAUUCGCCCCACUCAGACGGUCUUCAUCUCCACCUGUCUGUCCUUAUCCAGCACUCCCCUGGUGUCCCGCUUCCUGGCAGGAGGAAGCAGGACAGACAAGGAAGGUGAUCAGGACUACAGCAGUGUUCUCCUUGGGAUGUUAGUGAUGCAAGAUGUUCAGCUUGGUCUUUUCAUUGCUGCCAUGCCAACUCUGAUCCAGGCACAGAGUGGAGAUUUGGACAGCCUGCUGUUAGGAGGUCUGCGAGUGUUGAGUCUGCUGUCCCAGGUCUUUGUGUCACUGGCUAUCGUGCUGCUGAUUUGUUUGCUGCUCAGAUCGUUCCUGAUUGGUCCAUUUUACAAGAAGCUUCACAGCGAGAGCAAAGGCAACAAGGAGAUCCUGGUGCUCGGGGUGGCAGCUUUUAUUUUUUUCAUGUUGUCGGUGACGGAGUUUCUGGACAUUUCCAUGGAACUAGGCUGUUUCUUGGCCGGAGCGUUGUUGUCCACACAGGGUCACAUGGUCACAGCAGAGGUGCUGGGAUGCACUGAGCCCAUCAGAGAUUUCCUUGCCAUCAUCUUCUUUGCCUCUAUUGGUUUCCACGUGUUCCCAACAUUUGUGCUGUAUGAACUCACCAUCCUACUUGUGCUGACGCUCUCACUCGUCAUUAUGAAGUUUGUCAUGGCUGUACUUGUGCUGUCUGCCAUCUUGCCACCAAGCUCCCGACACAUACGGUGGAUCGUCUCGGCCGGUCUGGCUCAGGUCAGCGAGUUCUCAUUUGUGUUGAGCAGCCGCGCACGUCGAGCUGGCAUCAUCUCAAGAGAGGUGUAUCUACUGGUCCUCAGCGUCACCACUCUCAGCUUGCUGCUGGCCCCGGUGUUGUGGAGAGUUACCACACACAAAUGGGUCCCUCGCACUGAACGCAAAACACUCACGUGACUUUGACUGACUUUAAAGUCGAGAUGUUGGAUCGCAAGUUUUACAAAGCUGCCAGGUACAUCUUGCUACUUUCACGUUGGACCAAAUCUGCAUCAUAUUCCUCUUGCUUCAUUCCGUCUGCUGCAUCUCAGCAAAGACAACAAUAAUAUUCUACAUUUUGACUUGGGAUUUGCUAGUUGUUGCAAAUUCUCUGUUGUUUUUUCUCCAUGUUGACCACAGUCUCUAUCAAUGUUGCACCAACUGUAGGUACUGUUAUUGGAUAUUAAAAUAGCUUAAGGUCAGAUCCGGUGAAUUCCAAAAUUAUUGCCAUAAAUGGAUGUCUACGAAGAAAUAUUUUAUAUUCAAUAUACCAACAUCAAUUUACAACAUUUUUGCAACCAGACACUAUCUGGAUUAUUCUUGUAGCUCAAGUACUGCUCGAUCAAGUUUAAGGUUGCUUUAGUUGCAUUUAUGAGAGCAAGUUGAGAGCAUUUGCUGGUUUUUGAAACCAACAGUUAAAAAAAUCUCAGCCUUUUCUGAAUGAAUCAGCAUUCAGAAUCUGACAAUUCCAGAAAAUGGGAGGUUUUCUGUGUUUCAGAUGCUGCAUCUGCUGCUACACCAAACGAGCAGAAAAGCUCUUAUGUACUCUUUAUUGUUGAAAUGCUCCACAUCUGCAACUUUCUUGACAGGCGACACAGUUUUUAGAGGAGAAGCACAGAGGAUUACAGAUGCAUUUUAAGUAAUAGUUAAAAAAAAGCAUAUUUUGAGAUAUUGUCAAUACUUACUGUUAGUUUAAUUUUGAACCUUAAGUUCACAUCUUCCUUGUAGACAUUACGUGGACCAAAUCUGACAGUUCAGCUGAACUCUAUAUAUGUUUACUGUUAAGAGUAUGAGGGAAAUAUUUGGGGGGUUUUAUGUUUUUUUUUAAAGUGUUCGUUACUUUACAGUUUUGCAUUCUCAUUGUUUUUCAAAUUACUACAAAAUGACUGUUCCCAAAUUCUUUAGAGUUACGAUAUUAACUGAAGUAAACGGCAUCCGUCUGCUGUGUUUCACUGGACCUUUGUUCGGAUCAGUGUACUGCUGUGAAUUUUGACGUAAUACUAAAGUGCGUUUAAAAACCUCAGAUUAUAAAAAAACAGAGGUGUUAUGCUGCAAAAAAAACCCUAAGAAUCCUGAUAUGAAAUACAACACUAGAAGAAAAACUGCAUCACAUACUCCUGAGAUUUAAUUCACUGGUGUUACGUUUGAAGAAAACCCUGCACUUGAUACCACUGAAUGUCAAACUUACGUGCCUCUCGCUUCCUCUGCACUUUUUUUUUUGUGAACAAAAACGUGACUUUGAGAGAGAGAGAGAGAGAGAGAGAAAGAGAGAGAGCACAGUUCUCACAGGGAUGUAAACAGUGAGAACUGUGCCUUAUUUCAUACGUGCAAUGUAAAUGUUUGUGAUGCAAGCAUGUUACUGUAUUAUUUAAUUUUAUAUAUUCUUACGUGUCCUGCAGAAUGUUGAGAGAUGCUUUUUGAGUUGAAAUAUGUGCGCUAUUAAACCCAUCCUGAUGUUCCAAAUGUU